CCAUAUGAGCAAGCAGUGGACAACUUCUGGCUCAAUGUCUUCCAAAACUACUUUCCGCUCCAAUCCCGUUAUGGCGUGGAGCGAGAGUCGUAUACCAACCGGCAGGGCAGAUUCACAGCCAAUGUGCUUCUGACCAGAAUCAUGGGCAACGAGUUGCAGAAGGUGGUAAUCGUCGAAGCUAAACGGUUUCCCCCAAACCCUCGGCCGGGCUGGGAGCAAAGUUACAGGUGGAGGCAGUUGGAGAAUCAGCUGCAGAACCGCCUUGCCGGCGUCCGUACUGCCAGUAGGACCCAGCAUACCCUGUACGGCAUUGCAGCUGUUGGUGACAAGGUCCGAUUUUAUCAACUG